GAAGAGACUGUGGACCUGUCGUCUGACAGAUUACUGAUGAUGAUGAUGUCUUUGUGCUAGUAUGUCAUUUAAUGAAGUAGCACUUAACAUUUAAGGAUCAGCAGUCUAUUGGUAACAAAUCUUAUUUUUCUGUAAAGUGUCAUGAUUUUACAUAUAAGCCAGCCUUUCUGUCAUGCUUUUUGAACUUUUAAUUGUAGUAGGACUACAUGGAGCAAAGGUCUUCAUUGGUAGGUAAUAGUUACUCGUAUGGUCAAGAAUUUUCCUUCCAUUUAUGUAACCUGAAAUUUCACAAGUGUCUGCCACUGACCACAGUCCUCAAUGAGUCAAAUUCAGUCAACAUCAUAUUUCUUUAAAUUUUAAUUUUAAUAUCAUCUUUCCCAUCUAUGCUUAGGUCUCACAUUGUCUCUUCCCUUCAAACCAAAAUUUUGUUUGCAUUUUUCAUCUCUGUGAACAGGCUACAUAUAUCACUCAUCUCAUCAUCCCUGAUUUGCUAACCUAAUAUUUGGUGAACAGCACAAAUUAUGAAUAUUCUUAUGCUGUAGUUGUCUCCAUCAUGUUUCUUCUGUUUCAUAACUGCAGUUAUUUUCCUUAGCAUGUUUCAAAGUUUAGUGAGACACAUCAUGACUUUUAUUUUCUGGCAAGGAUUUAACAUGGAAAGAAGUGCUGUUUGAGGUUUAGAAUACGUACUGUGGAACGAGUUUUAACAUUGGGUUGUAGAGCAUUGCUCCUUAUUACAGUUCAAUACCAGUAUUUCAACAAAAUGGAAGCAGAUUAAGCUACAUCACUGUAGUACAGAGUGGUGAAACUGUGAUGACUGUUGCCAGAGAAAUGUUUCUGUUUAUGGAAUCCAGCUACAAAGGAACAGCUGUCUACGGUGCGGUUGUUGGAGAGUUACGGCAACUGUGUUAUCUGCCUGGUAGCAGAGCGAGGUUGCUGGAGAGUUGCAGCAACUACGGUAGCUGGCUGGUCACAGAGCAAAGUUGCUGGAGAGCUGCAGCAACUACGUUAGCUGCCUGGUCGCAGAGCGUGGUUGCUGGAGAGUUGUGGCAGCUACAUCAGCUGUCUAGUGGCAGAGCGCGGUUGCUGGAGAGCUGCGGCAGCUACGUUAGCUGUCUGGUGCAGUGAAGAGCUGAUGACUAUGAUUGAUCGCUCUGAACUGAAUGUGAUCACUAAUGAUUGCGAGCUUUGGGCUCCGCUUUUAUACCAUGCUUGCUGAGCGGAGCUUAAACUUGCAGUUGUGAUUGUGAGCGCUGAUUGGCUGGCGCACAUGAUGAUCUACAGGUGGGCUGGACAUCGAGUGCUAUAUAAAUACAAGUGGUGGCAGCAACAUGCCGCAGUUUACUAGAAAUAUGGCAUAAUCUGCUGUACAAACCCUGGAUUGACAGAGGCCUUGUAAUUAUUGUACAUAGAAAUAGUAAUUAAGACAAGAAUUAAAUUGUAAAUAUAUGUCAAUACUGGCAAUAGACUGACUAAGACUGACAAAUGACAGACCCACCCUCUCGUCAGAGAGGGCGCCCCAAAUGGACAGGACAGCAACUUUCAC